AUGUCAAAGCAAUCCUUUGAUGACUUUUUAAAGGCGCAGCAGCCUCAGCAACAAUUGAGAACUCCAAGAGCCAAUACAAGAGUAGCGUACAAUGGUCAAUCAUUUGUGCCAAGUUCUUCCGGAAUAAGUACUCCUUCCUCUUAUCCUACUAGUGGUAGCGCAACUCCAAAUGCUGGGUCAUCAACUACUUCAUUGACUUCCUUAAAUACCGCUUUAUCUAAGUUGAAUGUUGAUGAGACUCCUAUCCAACUGUAUUUGAUCGCCAUCCAACAAGCUAGCAAGGUUGGAGAAGUAAAGUCCGAAGUUGAAGGUAUUGUAUCCUUGGUUUCUGACGCUUGGUCUAACACCAAUUCACCAAUUGAAGAAUGGAAGAUCCUUGAGAUUGUCAAAUCCUUCAGUAAGCCAAAGAAUCAACCUUUGGUUAGAGAAGCAUCCCUCAUCAUUGUUCAACAAUUGGCAACUGCAUUUGCUGGUCAAUCACCAAGGGAAGCUCAUUUGUUGCAAUUCAUUCCAUCUGUCUACGACAUGUACACGGACAAGGAUAAAAAUGUUAUCAAGGCAGCUCAACAUGCCAGCGAAAGCUUAUACAGCAUCUUCCCAACUGAAGCUUUGGGUACCGUAUUUAUUGACCACAUCUUAAAAUAUUUAUCAUCAUCAGCCAAAUGGAACUCCAAAUUGGCAGCACUUGCUACUUUCGAUCAUUUAAUCGACGAAGUUCCAGCUGAUCUUUUGGAAUUAAAGUUCGUUAACGUUGUCCCAACCUUAACUGAUUUAGCCACUGAUUUCAAGCCAGAAUUAGCCAAGCAAGGUCUCAAGACCUUGAAAAAGUUUGUCAAAGUUCUUGAUAACUUGGAUUUACAAAACAAAUAUGAUUUAAUCGUUGAAACCUUAGCUGACCCUAAGAAGGUUCCUGAAUGUGUUAAGUCUUUAUCCUCAGUUACUUUCGUUGCUGAAGUUACUGAGCCUGCAUUAUCAUUAUUAGUUCCAAUUUUAGAUAAGUCUUUGAAGAUGUCUUCGUCAUCAAACGAUCAAUUGAGACAAACUGUAACCGUCACUGAAAAUUUGACAAGAUUGGUGAAUAAUAAGAGAGAAAUUGAAAGCUUCAUCCCAACCUUGUUACCGGGUGUUAAGAAGGUUUUCGAAAAUGCUUCGUUACCAGAAGUCAGAGAAUUAGCUGGAAAGGCAUUACAUGUUUUACAAGAAGCUGAUGCUGAACAUUCCGAUGGUAAGUUUCACGGUAGAUUGGCCAAAUCUCAGGCUAGAGCCUUCUACGUCGACAACUUACCAGAAGGUGUUACUUGCACCAUUUCUGGAAUUGAAGACGAUGAAUUAGUUCAAGAUUAUUUAUAUGAAUUACUCACUGCUGAUGCCAAUGUCAACGAUUGGAAGAGAUUAAAUGCCUUCUUAGAAUCUACUAGUGAAAAUAGGGACAUCGCUAAGCAAUAUGCUGAUACAGUUAUUCACAACUUGCGUGCACUUUUCGACCAGGACACUUCUAAGACUUAUGAUGAUGACGAAGAGGGUGCUGUUGAAGUUGUCAAUACUGAUUUCUCUCUUGCGUAUGGUUCAAGAAUGUUACUUAACAAGACUACUCUUCGUCUUUUGAAGGGUCAUCGUUAUGGUCUUUGUGGUAGAAACGGUGCUGGUAAGUCUACUCUUAUGAGAGCCAUUUCAAAGGGUCAAUUAGAAGGUUUCCCAACUCCAGACCAAUUGAAGACUUGUUUUGUAGAACAUAAGAUUCAAGGUGAAGAAGGUGAUAUGGACUUAGUUUCAUUCAUUGCAAGUGAUCCAGAAUUAGAGCAUGUUGAAUCAAGCUCUAUCUACCAAGCCUUAUUAGAUGUUGGUUUCCCACAUGAAAGAACUGAACAAAAUGUUGGUUCGCUUUCCGGUGGUUGGAAGAUGAAGUUAGAGUUGGCCAGAGCUAUGCUUAUGAAGGCUGAUGUCUUACUUUUAGAUGAACCUACUAAUCACUUGGAUGUUGCCAAUGUUAAGUGGUUACAAGAUUAUCUUGUCGAAAAUACUCAUAUCACUUCCUUAAUUGUUUCGCACGAUUCCGGAUUCUUAGAUUCCGUAUGUACUGAUAUUAUCCAUUACGAAAACAAAAAAUUGGCUUACUACAGAGGUAAUUUAUCUGACUUCGUAAAGGUUAAGCCAGAAGGUAAGUCAUACUAUACUUUGACUGACAGUAAUGUUAAGAUGGCUUUCCCACCUCCAGGUAUAUUAACUGGUGUAAAGUCCAAUACCAGAGCUGUUGCCAGAUUAUCUGAUGUUACAUUCACUUACCCAGGUGGUGUUAAGCCUUCUUUAGCUCAUAUUUCAUGCUCCUUAUCAUUAUCUUCAAGAGUAGCUAUUUUAGGACCAAAUGGUGCUGGUAAAUCCACCUUGAUUAAGCUUUUAACUGGUGAAUUAAAUCCACAAGAAGGUAAGGUUGAAAAGCAUCCUAACUUGAGAAUUGGUUAUAUUGCCCAACAUGCUCUUCAACACGUUGAACAACAUAAGGAAAAGACUGCUAAUCAAUAUUUGCAAUGGAGAUAUAGAUUUGGUGAUGAUCGUGAAGUUUUGUUGAAGGAAAGUAGAAAGAUUUCUGACGACGAAAAAGAACAAAUGGCCAAGGAGAUCGAUGUUGAUGAUGGAAGAGGAAAGAGAAUUAUCGAAGCUAUUGUUGGUAGACAAAAGUUGAAGAAGAGUUUCCAAUAUGAAGUUAAAUGGAAGAAUUGGUUACCAAAGUACAACUCUUGGGUCUCCAAGGAAAUCUUAGCUGAACACGGAUUUCAUAAGCUUAUGCAAAGAUUUGAUGAUCAUGAAUCUUCCAGAGAAGGUUUAGGUUACCGUGAUUUGACUCCUAAGGUUAUUAGAAAGCAUUUCGAAGACGUUGGAUUAGAUGGUGACAUUGCUGAUCACACCCCAAUGGGAUCAUUAUCUGGUGGUCAAUUAGUUAAGGUUGUCAUUGCUGGUGCCAUGUGGAACAACCCACAUCUUUUAGUUUUGGAUGAACCUACCAAUUAUUUGGAUAGAGAUUCUCUUGGAGGUUUGGCUGUUGCCAUUAGAGAUUGGACUGGAGGUGUUGUGAUGAUUUCACAUAACAAUGAAUUCGUCGGUGCUUUAUGUCCUGAACAAUGGCAUGUUGAAAACGGUCAAGUUGUUCAAACUGGUACCGUUUCCGUCGAUUCCAAGCGUUUUGAAGAUUCCAAGGAUGAUACUCCACAACCAGAAAGUGGUGCUGAAACUCCUGAUGCUCCUUCGCCAUCUCCAUCUCCUGUGCCUAAGAAGAGAGCCGAUGAUGACGAUUCUCCGGCUAACAUCAAGGUCAGGACUAGAAAGAAGAAGAUGACUAGAAACGAUAAAAAGUUACAAGUGGAAAGAAGAAGAUUGAGAUAUAUAGAAUGGUUGAAUACUCCAAAGGGUACUCCAAGACCAGCCGAUACUGAUGAUGAAGAUGAGUAG